AUGGCCGGGAUUCCGUCGUCUGUACUGGGGACGACACGCGGAGGAGCCAAGCCAGGUGCAUCUUCAUAUUGGUUAGUGAUCAACAUUGCGGUGGUAGGAGCAAGGAAAUCAUCCUCGACGGGCCAUCCAGUUCGAACAAACCUAUAUCAGCAUUAUACGUCUCUUGCCUCGCAUGAGUGGCAGCAAAUUAUCAACGGGUUGAAACCAUUGGGGGUCUUCGACGGUAGCUUGCUGACGGUCCGCCAUGCUAUGAUCUCCGAAGUUUCACCCAAUCCGAGAAGCUUGGGCAAUGAAGCACCCGUGACGGGUACGGCUAUCUACCUGACUGCUGAUCCCACGGCUUGGUAA